UUUAAUAUGGAAGUUGUGUAUUUUGUUUUGUCAUUUUUCGCUAUAAGCGUGAACUCUAUAGCUAUCCGUGGACCUAUGUUGACAAGAUAUAACCCAUGCAGUCUGGGAGUCUUAUAUUUUGAUAAAUUAACUAAUACAUCGUGGCAGGGGACGAUUAAUUACCGUUUAUAUCCCAAUAUAACUGAUGCUAAUAUUGAAAUCACCUUUGAUAAGCCUAUAAGGAUUUUUAGGGCCUCAAACAACAGUACAAUAUACACAAGGAACAACCGGCACAGUUUCUUAUUUAAGCCGCGGGGAGUGCCUCCACGUCAUUACUUUUUCUACAUAGCUGUUAUAGAUGAGGUUUCAAAUGUCCCAAAUGUAGUCUCAGUCAAAUUAAAUAACUAUACAUUGUGCAAUCCUGCUGUGAAGAAUGAACUAAACAUUCAGUCUUACAACGUGACUCAACCAGACGACAAGAGUUAUCAUCAUGUUUGCGGGCGCCGAGCGCUCCACAAUGCCGAACUUAGUUCAAUGAGGACUGACGCGAAAGCUGGCGACUGGCCCUGGCACGUGGUUGUCCUGAUGAGGGAAAACAUUCUCAUAACCACCAGAUACCAGUGCGGUGGAAAUAUAAUAUCGAGAACGGCUGUUCUUACAGCGGCGCAUUGUGUAAUCAAUAACUCAUUGCCCCUACCUAGCAGUCUUAUAAUAAUUGGAGCAGGAGUGGAGAAUUUAAAAUUAUUAAAUCAAUCCGGGGUACAAUUACAUAAUGCCGUCAAUGUAAUAGUGAACCCUGGUUAUAAGUCGGAGGUGGCAACUGCGGAUUUGGCCAUUAUUCGAGUGAAUGCAUUCAGAUAUACUGAUUAUGUGCAACCGAUAUGUCUUUGGGGUCCUUCGUAUGACAAAAGUGAUUUGUAUGGACGAAUAGCUGUGGUGGUGGGCUUCGGGACAACUGAGGAGAAUCAAUUAUCUGACACGCUAAGGUCAACGGACACAAUGGUGCAGAAUGACACGACAUGCAUUUCGUCUCAACCACAGUUUUACACAAGUUUGUUAAACGAGUUCACAUUCUGCGCUGGUCUCGACCCAAAUCCCGGUACAAUUUCUCGAGGUGAUAGCGGUGGAGGCCUAACUGUGGCCAUAGUCCAACCAGACCACAAAGUGAGUUGGUUCCUACGAGGCGUCAUCUCAAGCUGUGCGGCUUUCAUAGGUGAAACACGGUGCAAUCCAAAUUUUUACAGCAUAUACAAUGAUGUUGGACCGCACUAUGGCUGGAUCUAUCACAACGCAGGGUUAAAUUAUUUUAGCAAUAUAGUUUAUUGAUUUGCUACCAGUAGAUUAUACUAGAAGAUUGAAUUAUGUAAAAUAAUGUAAAUAAAAACAAUAUAAGCUCCGUAGUAGAGUGAGAGUAUAUAUAAAUUUGUCUGUCUUAGUUUAACGUAGAAGUUAUGUUUUCAUAGAAUAUAACAAAUCUUUAGAUAUAUUUCUUGUUUGUACAAUAGAUGACAAUGAUAUUUGUAAAUAUACCUAGUAACGUUGUUAAGACUUAUGGAGAUGAUAUUUGAACACAAAUUUAAGCUUAGUUUUAAUGAAGUAUCAUUGUGUUUUUAUUAUUAAUACAUACAAUUAUAAAACCCAAUUCACGUGUUCUUCUUUUCAAUUUUACGUAUAUAAGUACAUUAUGGAUAUUGGUUGCACCGUCACAGAACUCUUCAAGGGGAUACAUCUCGCUGCGUAGAUGCGCCCAUGCAAGGCUAUGGCCCACCUGGCUAUGUAAAACGUAUAUAGGGCGAAGCUUUAACUAUUUAAAUAGCCGAAUUCCUAUAUACUUUAUAAUAAAAACUAAUAAAUUCUUGUAAUUUUUAUUUACAUUUAGUCAGGUCUUAUGGUGGGAGUGGUAUCUUAAUUGUUAUAUUAGAAAUGAGAUAGGAACUAAAAUGUAUGAGAAAUAUUAUUAGUGAAGUAACCGAUGUUCAAUGAACAAGUGUUUUCAUCUGAGGUGAUUUAUUUAUUUAAUAGUACUAAAAUGCAGUAUGCACUAAAUUAUACAAGAUAAAUAUGACUUCACAAAUUAUACACAUAUACACAUCGAAACUGCGAAAGAGUUGCUGCAUCCGCUACAGGACUUGACACGCUUCAAGAUACUGACAUUGGUCCAGUAACGGUGAGGCAUUAGAAGAAGAACUUUCUAGAGUUCUUUAACUUACAAAGAAACAAAGAUUUCAUUAGCACUAUGGAUUUAUAAUGUACUAAUGAAAAAGACAAGUGAAAAAAAUACUAAUUUUAAAAACGCUUUUUUAGUUAAAAAAACUCAUCGCUUAGACAUGAGACAUUUGUUCCGCCAUACUACGAGAAGUGGAGCCGGAAUCAGGAAAAUGCACACUGUAUUAUUAAUAUUUCUAUUUACCUAAUUACUAUUCCUUUACCUUGUAUAAGUUAACCAUUUGUUAACGUAGUGAUAAGUUAUGAUUAAUUAGUUUGUUCCCUUAAUGUAUCCCUACUCAUAUAUAUCAAGU